GUGAAAAGCCAAGCAGGGUGGAUGAGCUGCGUAACGAGACGUUUUCUCGACUCGUGUUGCGGACUCCUCCGGCGUCGUGCGAAACGCCGCCGCACCGCCAAACUUGAAGUGAGACCACAAGGUGAGCAGCGCAAACUGAACUGAGCGGUCGGUGUGGCUUUUUUUUUUUGCAUUCGUGGUCGCAAUUUCACCAUGCUCGCCGUUCGAGGAGAACUCUUCUCGCUCGACGUGAAGGAUCUACUGCUGCCCACGAAUUGGUCGGCUUUGGUCGACCCGACGGACGGCACACCGCCAACAAAGCAGUCCGGUGUCCUGGCCGACGACCUUCACGACGAGAGGAUAGUCGUCAACGUGUCGGGCCUGCGCUUCGAGACGCAGCGACGCACCCUCGAGCGCUACCCCGGCACCCUGCUGGGCGACGAGUCGCGUCGCGCUCCGUUCUACAGGCCGGACCGCGGCGAGUUCUUCUUCGAUCGCCACCGUUCGAGCUUCGAGGCGGUGCUCCACUUCUACCAGUCGGGCGGAGAGCUGAGACGGCCGUGUGGCGUGCCUCCGCUCACCUUCAUCGGUGAGGUGCUCUUCUUCGACCUGGGCGACGAGGCCGUGGAGAGGCUCAGGGAGGAGGAGGGCUUAGCGGACGACGACGAGGUGGAAGAGGCGAAGCGGAAGGCCGAGAAGAAGAUGGCGAAAAAGAAGGCUCAACAGCGGCUGCCUUCGGGGAAGGUGCGCCGCUACCUGUGGAAUCUAUUCGAGAACCCGGACACGUCCACGUCCGCCAAGGCCACGGCCAUCUUCUCCUUGGUCAUGCUGCUGCUGUCCGUGGUCACGUUCUGCGUGGAGACCCUGCCCACAUUCAGGAGCACGCACCAUCGGCGGCACGAGCACGGCCGCAACGACUCCGCGGACUCGCAGCCGAGCUCCGAGUGGAUGGACCCCUUCUCGGACCCGCUAUUCCUGGUGGAGACCGUGUGCAUCGCGUGGUUCUGCCUGGAACUCCUCAUCCGCUCCUUCGCGUGCCCGGACAAGCUGGCGUUCGCACGCGACCCCAUGAACAUCGUCGACCUCAUCUCCAUCCUGCCCUACAUCAUCAGCCUGGCCAUGGAACAGCUCGGCUCGUCGGCCACCGGCGAGAAGAGCAAAGCGAGCAACCUGGCCGUGCUCAGGACCAUGCGGCUGCUGCGCGUGUGCCGCAUCCUCAAGCUGUCGCGCCACUGCCAGGCCCUGCAGGUGCUGGCGAAGACGCUGCGCGCCAGCUUCCAGGAGAUCGUCACCCUGCUCAUCUUCGUCGCCAUCGCGGUCGUGUUGUUCGCGAGCGCCAUCUACUUCGCCGAGGUGGGCGUGGACGAGGCGCACUUCAGCAGCGUGCCCGACGCCUUCUGGUGGGCCGUGGUGACGCUCACCACCGUGGGCUACGGGGACAUGACCCCGGUGACCCUGCCCGGCAAGCUGGUGGGUUCCUUGUGCGCAUUGUCCGGGGUGCUCCUCAUUGCCCUGCCCGUGCCCGUGAUCGUCAACAACUUCACCACCAUCUACGAGCUCCAGAAGAAGAUGAUGAUGAUAAAGAAGAAGAUGAAGAAGACGGCUAAGAAGGGGACGACGUUGAAUGUCAAGAACAACGAGGCGCCGCGCGUCACCGACGGCCUGGUGGUGUCAUCCGAGAGGUCCCGACAGAAGUGCUCGCCGUGCGGGGUCCUUUGCUGCCUGCGCGGACCACGCCGGUGGUGCGACACGGAGGAGAAGCUGGGACCUCGAGAGUGGCAGCAGAAUGAGCUACGAUAUCCUCUGGAGACCAAAGUGUGAAACGUGACCGCGUGGUUGUGUUCGAUCAAGGGUGGAGGACACGCGAAUGUACGUUUGUCGUGAUGCACUUCCAGUUGAGAAUGUGCAUAGUCAAGGCAAAGCAAGACAAGGCACUUCAAUAUUGAGAAUCUCUAAAAAGAUUGUCAAUCCGUCGCUGUAUCAAGGCCUACCCACGAUCGAUCUGUCAAUCGUAUAUGUGAGUUGCUUGACCAUACUUCACCACGCUGGUUAGUGCGGAGGGGGGGGGUGGGGCACACCUGGCUCAGGUAACACUCGCGACUGAUGUUAGCCGUGGCUGGAAGUCGAACUCAGGUCACGAAGCACUCCAGGACAGCUAACCACCACAUUCAGUUGAUGGAUUUGCGCCCGAUUUCAUUCAUUUGCGAACGUGUCGCGUACUCGUGGGUGCUUUUCACAACCGUAGAGUUGCCAUACAACGAAGAAAAACAUCCCCAUCCGUGUAGCUUUAACAGACGGUUUGGGCAAGUGUCGUUAGCGAGUAGCGCCUAUGAAGGCCGUGGCACGGCACGCCAAGGGGGUGGGGUGGCCAGCACCACGCCCGGCCGUCUUUGUCUCCCUAGUGCAAGGGUCGGCAACCUGCGGCUCCGGAGCCGCGUGCGGCUCUUUAAGGAGCUGCUCCGUGACGUCGCUUGUUAAAGGCCGUUUCGUAUUCACCACGCAGUGCAGUGCGCCUCUUGAAAUACUGAGUAAAAAAAAAAUUAUAUUUGAAAAAAAUGCACUCUUCUUCUUAUUUUGGUUGCCGACCCCUGCCUUUCUGGUAAUCAUUUGAGGCUGAGUCGACCGAGGGGAGGCCCAGGACCGGUUCAAAUAUUUGCCACUGUCAUUGGUCGUGAGCGCAAAGCGAACUCGGGUCACCGGAUACAUCGUGCAGCGCUCUCCAGCCAGCAGAACUUGCAUCGAUGCAGUAUAGUAUUUAUACUUGUGCUAACCACGCACACAAACGUGCCCAAGAAUGUUGCAUCGGUCCCCCUCUAACUGGACACCACAGGAUCAACAGCUGACGACUGAGAAGCCCCACACGCCCAUCAAGCGGAAGGUCACUAGAUUUUCCAGAACUCCAUGUUUUACAUUUGUGUAAAAAAAGGACAUGGGAACAGUUGUUACAAGCUCUGUAACAAGAAGCUAUAUUUUUACACGCUUUCUAUUAACUCACUGUCUGUUGUCUCCUAAAAUCUUGUAACUCAAUUUUAACCCACUUCUCAAUGUGGUAUCGACUGCAAACUUGGUAUACUUAUGUCAUACUGAUGACAAUACUAUAUUCUAUCAUAAAUAUAACAAAAAUAUUUUAAAAAUAUUUUUUAUAUGUUACGUUUCGGCUUGGGUCUAAUUGUUCACGCACAACUGACGUUGGCUGUAAAUCACCACGGCCCCUUACGUUAUGGCAAGCUUCGGGACCACUUGCUGGAGUCGUGGAGUUCUUCCAUUACUAGUACGGUACAUUUCAUUAAAGCGUGUUUAAAAAAUACGUUUUUCUAAAAUAUUACUUAUUUCCCUCUUGCCACUGAACAAAGGGCGGUCACCGCAUCGCGCGGGCGCUUUCAGAUGCGCUUCCGCGGCCGUCUGGAACGCUCUUCCCUUCCGACAUUCGGAAGCCAUUGGGAGCUCUGUGCACUUCUUAAUCGAGAUUGACAAACACAUUCGUUUAGAAUAGUUGUUUUGCGGCGUGUGUUUAGUUUGUUGUCCUUCCCCCGCACCUCCGAUUAGCACGGUUGGCUGCGUACGGUGCAAAAGAAGUUCAACAUGCGUAGAUGUUUAGGAGAUGACAUUGAUGCUUUUGUUUAUAAACAGAAGGAGAAGCCACGGGCCCUCCCCCGCCUCCAGCAUUAACCGUGCACGUCAAUUAUUUGGCGGUGCCGCAUUUGGCACAGUUCAAGCAACAAAGUCAACACAUCCGUCGUUGACUUUCGGACAUUGGCAACAUUCUUCAGAACACGCACACCAUCCAUUCAACCCGAUCCAUUAUUUUGGCGAUGAAGAAGGCGCAUUGCCAGACACACGUUACUGUCGAGUGCGUUGUGAACGUAUACGCGGGAUUUCUUUUUCUUUUUAGAAACGCAAGCGCUUGCUGCAAGUUCAUUGAAAUCAUCCGUGGUUUAGAUGCACGUGGACGACACGAGUGCGAUGUUUACCCUCGCAAUUGUACGGGGUGGCGGGGGGUGGAAUAAGCUUGCACUGAAGGGAUAGCUCGAUGCAAUUUGAACUUAUAUACUUUAUCUAUUUGACGUACAGUGAUCCCUCGUUUAUCGCGGUUAAUGGGGACCGGAACCCCUCGCGAUAAGUGAAAAUCCGCGAAGUAGGAUUGGCCCUCCUAGGAAUUUCCGUAUAUGUGUGUGUGGGUACCAGAAUGUUUAAAAUAUGUAUAUUUAUACUUUAUAUAUAUAUUUUACUUAAAUCAAUGUAAUUAUAAAACCUUAAUAUUAUACAUUCACUCUCUCUCUCAUACGAUACGUAUUAUGAUGCGCAGCCAAUCAGCUCACGGGAUACUGUACAUCCACUCGUGCUCUCAUUCAUCGAUCUCGCGCCGGGAACCAAUCACGUGCCUUGUCUGAGUGCCCGUGGGUACAGUAUGUACAAAGCCUCUGAGAGAGUUUCUCUCUUUGUCUGGCAUCCUGGGAAACCGUUUCUCUCGCGCAUCACGAUGAAACAACGCUGCUUUCCGCAAUACGGCUGCCGAUAUGGCGGUAUUUUUGAAUUUGUAUUUUUCGAAGAAUAUUUUUGAAAAAUCCGCGAUGCACUGAGGCCGCGAAACUUGAACCGCGAAGUGGCGAGGGAUUACUGGAUUUAUUUUUAGUGAUUUGCUUACCUAUCCGACACUUUGCACUUUUAUUGUAUCGUUGUUGUAACUUUCUGAC